AUGGCAUUGCGUCUGCUUCCGUUCGCCCCGGCAAACAUGUCGCGCACUCUCUUUUCCGAGGCCCUCCAAUUCCGGCCCGUUCGGUUCAUGCCACCCAUCGCGACCGCAUUCCUACAACCCGUCUCAAUCUCUCUCAAUAUUCCCGGUCUGCUGUCCGACAUCUGGGAAUCUGUUCUGCGCGCCGUUCCCAAGAAGAAGACUUCACACAUGAAGAAGCGCCACAGGUUCAUGGCCGGCAAGGCAUUGAAGGACGUGAAGAACCUCAACAAGUGCCCAGGCUGCGGUCAAAUCAAGCGCGCUCACUUGCUGUGCCCACACUGUGUUAAGGGUAAGAUCUGGAGGUCGUUGCACUUGAAGAUAUUCGGGGAGGCUAAUUCGGAUAUUCAACAGAUAUCAAGGACUCGUGGAGAACCCUGGACACCGCAUGAAUACGUUGUCGUGAUGAGGGACUAG